CCAAUCUUCAUCCCCAUAACAGCUUAGGCUGCCAUUGGAGAGCCCGCUGGCGAGAGCGAGUAGGAGGAGGAGGACGCAGGAGAUAACGCAGUCAAUCCGCUGACUAACGAACGCAGUGUCCGCCGCCUCGGCCGAUGUAACCAGACAGCUUAUCCUGGAGACAUAGACACAUUGAAAUAGGACAUUAGAAACUUCGUUAUUUAAAUAAAAAAGGCGUAGAGGAAGGCGAGAAAAUGGGGCAUACCGCAAUUCCCGUCCUGGUGGCUGUAUUGUCCUAUUGCGUGUUGGAAAACGUCGAGGCUCUUGCCAUGACCGAGGUGAAUGGGCCGGUUCCCCAGCUGGCAGAGCCACAGAUCGCCAUGUUCUGUGGCCGACAGCUCCUGCACAUGAACUUACAGACCGGGCAGUGGGAGCCGGACCCUCAGGGCCGCCAGGGCUGCUUCAAGGAGCCCAAUGAAAUCCUGUCUUACUGUCAGGAGAUGUACCCAGGGCUUCCAAUCUCACACAUAGAGGAGUCUAAAAGACCCGUAACCAUCCAGGCCUGGUGCAAGAAAGGAUUGGGCCACUGUCAGACGCACCCCUUGAUCGUCCUGCCCUACCGCUGUCUGGAAGGCGAAUAUGUAAGCGAGGCCCUGCUGGUGCCCGACAGAUGUCGUUUUCUCCACCAGGAGCAGAUGAACAUCUGUGAGAGUUAUGUCUACUGGCACAACAUUGCCAAGGAGGAAUGCACUGCGGAGAAUCUCGAACUCCACAGCUACGGGAUGCUGCUGCCAUGCGGAGACCACUUCCGAGGCGUCGAAUAUGUCUGCUGCCCGGGCAGGAGCACCUCAAACGGAAAAGGAGAGACAGAGGAAAAGGAUGUGCCUCAGACGCUCGCGUCCCAGACAGCCGGAAAACUCAGCUCAGUCGCCAAGGUGAUGGUCCCCACUCCGAGCCCCUCUCCAGAAACGGACCUGGACGAGGUCGACAUGGAGGAGGACGAUGACGAAGUGAUAGAUGAAGAGGAAGAGGAGGAGGAGGAGGAGGAAGAUGACAUCAAUGAGGACGAGGCAGAAGAAGAGGAGGAAGAGGAAGAAGAAGAGACAGCGGCUGUGAAGGACCAGGAGGAGGACGAAUACCCUUUUGAGUUGGGUCCUUACCAGACGUCCGACUACUUGGACUCAUUUUACAACGACAAAAGCCACAAGCCCACCACCUCUGCCCCUCUGGCCAGGGGAGACAGCUUUACCACAACUCGCCCCACGGACGGGGUCGACGUUUACUUUGAGAAGCCUGUGGACGACACGGAGCACGCCAACUUCCUGCGUGCCAAGACGGACCUGGAGGAGCGCAGGAUGAAGCGCAUUAAUGAGAUAAUGAAGGAGUGGGCGGAGGCUGACAACCAGUCCAAAAACUUGCCAAAGUCAGAGCGGCAGGCCCUGAAUGAGCACUUCCAGUCUGUGCUGCAGACAUUGGAGGAGCAGGUCGCUGGGGAGAGGCAGAGGCUGGUGGAGACUCACCUCGCCAGAGUCGAGGCCAUUCUCAACAACAACCGCCGCCUGGCGUUGGAGAACUACCUGACAGCCGUGCAAGCUGAUCCCCCUCAGCCUGAGCGCGUGCUGCAGGCUCUGAAACGCUACAUGGCUGCAGAGCAGAAGGACCGCAGACACACUCUGAGGCACUACCAGCACAUUGUGGCUGUCGACCCGCAGAAAGCUGAGCAGAUGAAAUUCCAGGUUUACACACAUCUACAUGUUAUUGAGGAGAGGAUGAACCAGAGUCUUGCUCUGCUUUACAAGGAUCCAACAUUAGCUGAGGAACUGCACAGUGACAUCCAGGAGCUUGUCAAGGCAGAGCGAGGGGACAUCAGUGAACUCAUGACCACUUCCUUCUCUGAGACUCGGACCACUGAAGAGCUCGUACCAGCUGAGAGCGAGGAAGAGAAGGAUGAUGAAGAGGAGGAGGAGAGGGCCUUCCAGAACCGCCCCUAUCCUCCUCGCAUUGAUUUACAGUCUAAUAAGAAAGAGGAUGAGUACGAUUAUACCACAUCUGAGAGAGGUCCUACAUAUGAAUAUGAAGAAAAGAUUAACACCUCUGCUGAGCUGAAACAGGUAGUCAAGCCCAAUGAGAUUGCAAGAGAUGAACUGCAACCUGAUGCCCUGGAGACAUUUAACCGUGGCGCCAUGGUUGGGUUGCUGGUGGUGGCCGUAGCCAUUGCCAUGGUGAUGGUAAUCAGCCUGCUUCUGGUGCGCAGAAAGCCAUACGGCACUAUUAGCCAUGGCAUUGUGGAGCAGGUCGACCCUAUGUUGACACCGGAGGAACGGCAGCUCAACAAAAUGCAAAACCACGGCUACGAGAACCCCACCUACAAGUUCUUUGAGCAGAUGAACUGAAGCACUGGAUGCUACCAACAAGUCAUGCCUGACCACAUUUUGUCCCUCCAGACCCCCUCCCCUCCGACCUGCCUCCCCACUCCUCUUGAAAGUGGUGUCCCAGAUGCACUUCCUGUGAUGGAUUUAUGAUGUGUUGCAUAUUUAAAUUAACUGAUGAUUAAGUACUAGGUUCCUCACCCACAGCCAUUUAAUCGCAUCAUAAUGCGAUUAAUGAGAUGUAAUACAAUCCCAUAUUACUUAUUGCAGUCAAAUAUUCCUUUUGGGUAAGCAGAGUUACACCAUUUCAUAAUUGCAGAAACCAUCCAUCUCAUCUUUGUGGCAUGACUUGACCUACUGCUCCUCCCUUGCAGCUGAAUUUUGAAUGGUGCAUAUUGCUUUAUUAUUAGUAUUUAUUUUUCAUUAGUAGUUUCUUUCUUGAGAUUGAACCACGGUUAGAUUUAUCUGUGUAGAUGAGCGUGAAUGGCAGCCUAGCUGAUAAUCUAGCUGAAAACGUACCUCCACGAGUUACUAUGACAACUGUAGGAAAAGAUGUGGUGUUUUCGAAUGUAUGAGACAAACAGGCUUUAAUUUGAAAACACAAAAAAACACAAAUUAAUGCAGAAACACUGUAUGUGCUGGUUGUUCAAAAAAUAUUUAGACUUCUGAACAGGAAUCAUUUGGCAAAAUACACACAAGCUAUAAUUUAGCCAGUUUAUGUGUUUUAUUAUUCGGCUUUCCAAAAGAUCUGUACUACAGAACAUUCAGAAGUCUAUUAUUUUACUGGAAGCAUGACAACUUUUGGUGUAUGAUGCUGCAGUAUUUAUUUGUGUUGUUCCUGUCAUUGCUUUCGAAGAGUCCAAAAUGUUCCAGACGGACACUGUAAAUAACGUAAGUACCUGCUACUAGAUGUAGACAUUUCUAUGAUUAAUUUGCAUCGGUGUAAUGGAAAAAUAUGUUUUAAAAAAAUAAAGAAGUAAUAAACACAUUGUGCUGUUAUGAGAAGGAGAAACAUUUUCCUAACAUGGCUGAUUGAAAACGGACUGUUGUAAAAACCAGCACAAGACAACGACACAGCAACUACUUUCUGAAUGUAUUUGAGGUAGACGUUGAGAUUCCUCCCUCUUUUACUUUUAAUGCAUCACUUCCCUUGUAGUGUACAUCAGUGGGUAGUGCACUUUGACACAUUUAAGGACUAUUUCCCUGGUGCCCUUGUCAUCACUUUGUGUAGCAGCCUGUUUAUUUUCACAUUUGAGCAAAGGGAUUAUUCUAAAUAAAUCCUGCACAGAGCAGUAAAGUAUAAAAAAGGGCACCACUAUGGUAUUGGGUCACCAUAUGAAGAAUCAUCUAGAGUCUAGACAAAGACACUUUGCCAUGGUAGUCAUACUCUUGUUUUUUUAAAAAUAUAUAUA